AAUAGGAACACUUACUUUCUUUUCCAGUUAUGGAUGAGACACCUGAUGUGGAUAUUGAGACUCUUAUAGAUGAAUUUGAAUAUAUACCUGGACAUUUCCAUUUGGAAAUGAAUUUAAAUUUUGAGUCGUGCACUCAAGUGGAGUUUAGGAGGAGAGACAUCAAACGGAAAAGGGAUUCCUUGCAGUUCCAGCUGGAGGCUGACUCCAGUUUUCAGCAGUUUGCGGUCAAGAAUUUACUAGGUGUCUUCUUCUAUUACCUGGAUGAAUUUCACAGUGCAAGAGACAUUUUUCUGUCAGUUAGUCAGCAUGAUCCAAACAACUUAAAUGCCUGGGCUAACCUUGCAUAUGUGUAUGAUAGACUGAAUAUGGAGGAUAAAACCUCACAGUGUACAGAUAAAUUGUCUCAUCUCAUGGGUCUAGAAGGGGAAGAGGGGGAAAGUAAAGACAUCAGACUAAGGGCUGCACGGUGCCUGGCAGAGCAGGGUUAUGCACAUGCCUUUGAUGUUGGACUUCUUAAUGAAGAGGACAGCAUUGAGAAACUAAGCAGUGGAAUUGGCCUCUACGAUAAAGCCCUCGCAUAUGGAAAACAUGAGAUUCCUGUGGAAGAAAAACGAAGUUGGUUUUUCACAAUGGCAACUCUGUGUAUGAGGCUGGAUGGAAUACUAAUGAACAGCUCUAACAUGGACAAAAGGCUACUAUAUUUUAACAAAACUCUGAUGCUUCUUCGUGAAGUUGUAAAAUCCUUAAACGCUCAUUAUAAAGCUUUGGCCUGGUGUUAUCUUGGGGUGAUGCUGGAAAGACAAAACACUUUUGCCACUACUCCAAUGGGAAUACAUGACUGUGGCUAUUCAGGAACUGACCCUCUGGGUUGUUUUGGAAAGGUUUAUUGAUCAUCUAAAUGCAAUGUUUGCAGAAUCGCCUCCAUGGGAUGAAGACCAGAAAUACCAUGCUCCUAUUCUGCUGCCUUUAUUUUCACAGUUCAAGUCUCUUUAAAAGACAGAUGGAUACACAGGUUACUCAUACUUCAUGCGUGAGGACCUUUUUUAAGUUAAACUCCUGAAAACCUUUGGCUGAACUACUACCAUUAAGGUAGCCCUCUAGUUCAUUUACAGCUUAUUAGACACAGGUUUGAUAUUUACAGUAUACACAUUUUUAUUCUUUGUGACUAAUAAUCUCUGGCAGAUUUAUUUUGAAGAUGAAGAGUCCCAGUCGUGAGGAGUCAGAUGAAUCCUGAAGCAACUUUACUUGAGGCAAUGCAGCACAGGAGGGUAGUGAGUGUGAUUGCUCUUCAGCUUGAAAAUACUUGACAGAUCAUUUUCAGGCAGAACUUUUGCUCACAGUUUUGCUUCCGGGCAUCUCUACAUUGAAGUCAGUGGGAGCUGUAGUAGGCAGUCAUGGGCACUUUUCUGCAAGCUUAAAUACUUGCGUGUAAAAGCGGUUCCUCCACUUUGCUUGCGACUUGCUGUAGCUCAGCACAAACCAUGCUGGAAUUCAUGAACACCAUUUUGUUACAGGAAUAACAUAAACUGUGGAAUAACUGGAAAAAUUAAAUUUUUGGCCUUAAGAGUUCCUAAAGUAGUAAUAUGAAUGAAAUAAACAUGGAUGAACAACUGGUGAAAAGGAAACCCCGUUCACUGCUAUAGAAUAUAGCAGAUUAUGACCCAGCUCAUAAGAACUCCCAAUCUUUUUUCUAUUAGUUCCCAUAAAGUGAAACUUGCACAUCUGGACAAAAUCAAGGAUCCUCUUUUCCGAACCUUAUUAUUUUAUGUUAGGAAAUGUAUCCUCCUUCAAUGGAUGGCACAUUCUCCCACCAGAUACACACCAGAUGGCUCAACCUACAUAGAGCUUACUUACUGAUACAACUGCAAGGGGUGCCCCCAAAAAUAUGACAAGAUAUGGGGAGAAUGGCUUGAGGCUAUAGACUAACACUAUAUGGACACCCCUAUGAGACCAUACUUUCUCCUUACACUGGGAACCCCAUGGUCCAUCCUCCCCCUUCUCUAGCAGGUGAUGGGAAGCCAUCUCGUGUAGGUAAUUACAGAUCAAUCAAUAUAGGUGUAUUGGAUGUAUCUCAAACAUGGAAACAUGUUUGUAGAACUAUUGUUGAACUGUUGUAUUACUGUGUUUUAUAUUACAAAUGAUUAAAUAAAAACCUCUUUAAAAAA